CUGUCAACCGGAAUUGACUGGCAGCUCAAUUCAAUCAAUCACCUCACAAACCGAAGACCGCCCAACGCGACAGCAAUCGACGAGCCCGCCCGCACGAGGGACGAUACGACAGUAGCGACAUUCGAGACCAGCGAGCGACAUUCAUAUUUGCCCAGCAUGCCUCAGGAUAUGCCCCCUCGGGGCGGGUAUGAGCCCGUCCAGUACAAGCGAAACCUCCCCGCGAAGGGUUUCCGUCCUGGUAUCCUCCUCCUCGGAAUGGGCGCUGUUAUGGGCUAUGGCUGGUAUAAGCUGAUCGGCGGCAUGCGCGAGGCCAACGAACUCGGCCGUGAAAAGAUGUGGGCUCGCAUCAACCUCAUUCCCCUUCUCCAAGCCGAAGAGGACCGCGAUCAAGUCCGUCGAUACCUGGCCGACCAGAAGCGCGAGAAGGAGUUGCUUGGUGACAAUGCCAAGGUUUACAACAGCGACCGAUUCGUGAGGCCGACUUUCGCUGUUACACCCCCUCCUACUACAAACUAAACUGUGGAAAGACGCAAGCUUGUAUAUAUGUUUUAACAAAGUGGUUUUACCUGGAAUUGAAAAGCUACAAGGAAGACACUGGCUACCCCGACUGUGACUGCUUCACACUCUCGAUCUUCUCUUCUGUCCACUCCCACAGCUUCUUUCCCAAUUCCUCACUAAAACACAUAUCAUCCCCCUUGUUUGCCUUUCCAACUGGUUCAUAAAACGCCACUGUCUCAUCCCUCUUGACGUCUCCUGCAGCAGCCCAAGCAGUGUUGUAUCCACCCUGUUCAACCGUCAUCAUAGAUGGGUUGGUAACAUACACAAACAUUCUCUUCCAGAAUCCCAAGCCUGUGACCAGAUUCGUAGCGAUAACACCAGGAUGGACAACAACGCUCUUGAUAGCAGGGUAUCGUCGUUCCAAUUCCUUGGCCAAGACGAUGUUGGCGAGUUUGCUCUGUCCGUAACGACUCCAUGUCCCAAAGGGUAAGUGUUCUUGGAGUGAAUGGAGCGUCUCAAACUCGAUGCCCUUCUUUGGAUGGCCUGCGUAUCCGAGUGAAGUAACACUUACAAACCGAACCUCACCCCCCUUUUCCGCGGUCUUCUGCAUGAUUGGUAAAAGAGCCAUCAAAAGCGUCGCAUUGCCAACAUGGUUAACGCCAAACUGCAACUCAAGUCCAUCUUGAGUAAGCCCAUCAACAGCCAUGACUCCCGCAUUUGCGAUGAAGACAUCCAACCGAUCAUGCGUGAACUGCUUCGCUACGGAGCGCAUGCUUGCGAUGGAUGUGAGAUCACAUUCGAGGAAUGUUGCAGGAACGGGAGAGAUGGUAGAUAUGAGAGAUGAUGCGGAGGUCGAGGAGCGGCCGGUGAAGUAGAUGUGAGAUGGAAUGUGAGAGGCAAGAGUGAUGAUGGCAGAGCGGCCUAGACCGGAAGUUCCUGGUGUUUUGUUAGUAGGGGGUUGAGAAGAAGGAUAAGGGAGACGGACCGCCAGUGAUGAGGAUGACUUUUCCGGUAAGAGAGGGAAUGUCGGUUUCCGGAUUGAAGCCUUUGAAGGGUGCCAUGAUUACGAUGGAUCGUGAUUUCAGGAUCAAGACAAAGAACAGCGUUGUAGACAAAGGAGUUGUGUUGAUUCAAGUGCUUGUACGAAGGUAACAAAAGUUGCUGCCA